AUGUCUCUUCCCUUGUCGUCUGCUCCGGGGACAGAGAAAACCAGCCUGCUUGCCGCCCCAUUAGCCAAGUCGAAACUUUCGAAAGCUGGUAGACGAGAGUUUGGUUUCCCCGUGCAAGUUGAGAGGAGGAGAGGAGGAGAGGAUGUGUUGAGUGCUCCGAAGCAUCGAACACUAAGAAGGCUGAUGGCUCUCGCUGUCGCCCUCGCCGUCACUUAUUCUCUUCCUAGCACAGCGCAAGCUGUCCAAGAGGAACUCGUCCACAUCUCCAGCAUCGACAUGCGACAAACUGUCGCCUUCCUAAUGGGAUCUAGUGCUUUUGGGCUGUGGGCUGAGAAAUACACAAGAAUAGGAGGUAUUGUAUCGGGAGCCAUGGUCACCUUCUUCACGUCAAUGCUCAUGUCAAGCUUUGGCUUACUCUCAGCGUCCACAUCGCAUCCUGCCUACACUGUGGUUUGGGCACAUUUGAUUCCACUCGCGAUGUGCCAGAUGAUGCUGGGGUUAGACAGAGAAGACAUAAGGACAACAAUGAGCACCUCGACGAGUAUGUUGAAAGCCUUUGGAGUUGCAAGCAUUGGUACAGUCGUCGGGGCGAUGGUUGCAUUCUUCUGUAUAGGGAUUCCUGAUGCCUGGAAGUUCGCAGCGGUGUUCACGUCUACCUACGUCGGCGGGACCAUGGACAGCCUUACCUCUCGCGUGCAGAACUUUAUCGCCACUGCCGACGCUGUUCGGGUGACAGCACUGAGAGAUCCAGCCUCCCUCGCUGCAGCUUUUUCGGCAGAUAUGAUUCAAAUGGCUGCAUACUUUGCGAUUCUUUUCUACAUCGGGAGAAAACACCAGAAGAAGGAUGGGCCGAGAGAAGAGGCGUCAGUUGCUGCAAAGGCCAAAAUGGAACCAGCACCUUCCAUUGAAGGUUUUGCAAGUUGCCAAGCAGCAGGAGCAGCAAUCUGUCUGCUUGCGUAUCAAAUGGCUAGAUAUGUGAAGGCAUUUGACGCUGGUGUACCAAUAGCAACAGCACUUUCUAUGUUAGCAGCUUUCACGCUUCCGCAGAAGUUCAGGGAAUCUUGGUCCUCGUCUUCGCGACUCAUGGGAACUCUGCUCCUUCAAGUCUUCUUUGCCACGAUUGGAGCCACGACUGAUCUACGAGCGCUCUUUUCUUUCGGCGCAAUCGCUCCUCUGCUGCUAUUCGUAGCUGUAAUUCUAGCUGUACACGGAGCAACGAUGGCGCUACUUGGGCGGCGAUUAUUGAAAAUUGACGUGCGAGACCUCCUCCUGGCGUCAAACGCUGCGAUAGGAGGUCCUGCGACAGCUGCCGCCAUGGCCGGGGUGAUGGGCUGGACCGAGAAGAUUUCAUCAGCUGUCUUGACUGGCACGAUCGGAUAUGUCAGCCAAUGUGCCGACCUGCCACACGAAGAAGCCUAA